AUGGAUUUGUUCCCUGCCGCUGGAAAUGGCUGCAGCCAAGUCAAUGUUGGAUUUAAAUCAUCCACAGCUGCCCCAAUCCCCCGACGACCAGGUGAGAUUUGUGGUCACACUUUCGUGAUAGCGUGUCUGCCAGUCGGUGUGUACAGCACAAGCUCUGCGCCAAGUGUGGCCAAAGACAUGCUAUCCACGUACAAAACCAUGCGAUUUGGCCUAAUGGUUAGCAUAAGUGGAAGGGUUCCAAGUCAGGAGAACGAUAUACGCCUUGGCAAUGUGGUGGUUAGCAAGCCGGUUGGCCCGUCCGGAGGCGUGGUACAGUAUGACUACGGCAAGACCAUGGCUGGCGGGAAGUUUGGACAGACGGGCACUUCGAAUAAGCCCCCAGCUGUGGUCUUGACAGUGUUAUGCAAUGUGCAGUCUGAGGAGAUGCUAGGCCGGAGUCGACUUAAUAGUUACUUAUCUGCAGUUAUUGCUGAGUAUCCGCCCUUGUCACGGUUUACCUACCCCGGAGAGGACCAAGGCCUCCUUUUCAAAGCAGAUUACACUCAUGAUAUCUCGACACUAUCCUGUGGGUUGUGCGAUAUGAAUAUGACAAUUCAACGGACGAAAAGGCCCACUACGGAGCCAAACGUUUUCUAUGAUCUGAUUGCGUCUGCCAACCAGGUCAUGAAAGAUGCCAUAACUCGGGAUCGAAUAGCAAGACAACAUGGGGUCUUAUGCUUUGAGAUGGAAGCAGCAAGACUUUGGAUCAAUACUUAUCCGAGGCAUUUGCGAUUAUUCAGAUUCACACAAAACGAAGCAAAGGCAAGAGUAUGCGGCAGCAACAGCCGCGGCAUAUGCAAAGAAUCUGUUGCUCAUGACAUCUGGCGUAUUUAUAGUCCCCCAUGCCGUUGCCAAGACACGGCAUCCGGCCCGAGCCAUCUCUAUAGAGCUGGACCCUUCGCAUACUACCGAUGA